CAAGCCCACUAUCGGCCAUCCAAUCACCGUCCCUAAACCUGAUCGAACCAAGGCCGCCCGCGAUAGUCGAGCACUCACCGUGAUACCGAUCAACCCCACCAUCAUCACCACUGCCGUACCCGCCCCGCAGGCCAACAAACGAAGUCCGCCCUCCUCCGCCUGCCUGCCCCUCUGCCGCGAUGGCCUCCUCCUCUCCCGCCCUCACAUCCGCCGCCGUCCAGGGUCCCACCGAAAAGUCCUUCUUUGAGCAGCAACGCGACCAGCUUCGCGGCGAGAUCGCGCUCGCGAUGGAACACGUCUUAAUGAACAUGAACACGCUCAAUCGGAACAUGGAGAGCAUUAUCGCUGUCGGUCGCGAGUUCGAGAGUGUCGAGGCGUUGUGGAGCCAGUUUGAGGGCGUCAUGGGUCGGAAUCCGGGGGUGUCGAAGCAACCCGAACAGCCUGCGGAGGAGGAGCACAGGGAAGAGGCGGUUGAUCGCGAUGCUGAUGUGACGAUGGGGUAAAUGGGUACUGUGGGCGGUGGGCUACAUUCGGUGUUUUGGCGCUCGGGGAUAAUUGCGGGUUUCUGUUUACGGUGUCUUAACGCGAUCACGAUUCUUCUCUUCUUCUUCUUUCAUGCCAUUACUACUAUAGGUGGUCGAUUGCCCGAGUUCCCUACUCAAACUCACGCCUAUCGAACGACCGCCCAGUCACCACAUCCACGUUCCGCACCUGUAUACCACCAAGCCUCGGGAGUCGGGACCGAGCUUCUAGCCCAGACGAGGCGACGUACGAGGUCAUUCACGCAAGGGAGUGAUUAGACCGGGUCCACGAAGCUUGAUUGGAUACCGUCGGGGGGAUACCGUUACCAGUAGAGGGCUGUGAUCUAAGUACUCGACUAAGCCUUUAGUCGGACGCGAAUCAGUGUGCUGCGUAGAGUCGACCGAGUAGGUUAGACACGAAUUACCCACCUAUAUCACAAUGAUUGCUAUCAUCCGGUCGG